GCAAGAUGCAACUCUCACAAUUUAUGUAUGUCUUUUCCUUUUGUUAUAUAUAAUAAAGCUAGACGCAUUAUACACUUCACACUUCUUUCUCAUAUUUCACCUAUCUUUCCAUGCCAAACCAUAUAGCCUAAUCACCACCACCUUCACCAAAUGUCGAUGAAAGAGUGCGGCGACCACAAGCAGAAACGGCAGAAUCGCAUCCGCCGUCUAUGCGCCUGUCUCCUAGUCUUCUGUUUCCUCGUCCUUCUCGUGUUUCUGAUCACUUGGGCUAUCCUACAACCCAAAAAACCCAGUUUCGUCGUCCGAGACGCCACAAUCUACGACUUCAAAGUCGCCUCCUCUCCCGACCUCUUCACUUCCAACUUCCAGAUCACUGUCUCGUCUCGAAAUCCCAACGACCACAUAGGCAUAUACUAUGACAAACUCGACGUCUAUGCCUCUUAUCGCGGCCAACAACUCACUUACUACACUGUUAUACCGCCUACCUAUCAAGGCCACAAGAGUAUGAAUGUUUGGUCACCUUUUAUAUCAGGUACUAGCGUUCCGAUAGCUCCUUUUAUCGGUGAAGCACUGAACUUAGACCAGUCUAAUGGAGGCAUCCAAAUGAUGAUCAAAAUCAAUGGACGGGUGAGAUGGAAAGUUGGCGCCUUUGUUUCUGGGCGCUAUCAUCUCCAUGUUACUUGUCCCGUUUAUAUUCCUUAUGGUAGUAAAAAUGACAAUUUUGAUGGUGAAACAUCGAUCAAGGUCCCGCUUCUAGCGAGCUGCGCAGUGAGUGUGUGAUUCGCUCAAAUCCGCCUCAUAUAUAUUCAAGGUAUAAAUAUUUUUAGCUUUUAAUUUCUUAUAUACCGGCUUCACCAAUUUGUAAAAUAUAAUAAGGAAUCAUAAUCUCUACAUAUUACGCUGAAAGGCAAAAAGACGUUUACCGAAACUAGGAUGUUUCUUCUUGUAAAAAUUACUUUAAACAGAAAAUUCUCGUUCCAUAAUUUCUUCUCUUUAUGAGGCCAGUUUGGUGGAUAUUAGCAUAGCCGUUAAAAUCAUAUUAGCAUAUGGGAAUUGAGCCGAUAAGGUGCAUGGUGUAGUGGCUUGUGUAAAUAGUAUGUCACGCAAAUAAUUGUCACAAUCUUGUUGUGAUGCCUUCAAAAUUGAUGUCACAAUCUUGUUACGGUACCGGCUCACUGUGCCAUUUGUUAUAUAGCCUUGUCGGUUUAAGAUUUUCGAAUUAUGCAUUUUAAAAUUAAUUUCAGUUUUUAUUCUUAAGCAAUUUUGUAUAGUUAAAGAUAUUCAAAAGUAAUUAUUUAUAUAAUUUUGAUAAUUUUAUAGUACUAGGCUACUAGCUAGCCUUCUCAUGAUAUUUUACCUAAUGUGUUGAAUUAAAAUUUGAAUUAGAAAAAAAUAGAUUCUGUAAGAUGUUCACUUUCUUUUGUGAAGAGACGUUCACUUUAAUAGGUAAAUAUAAAAUGUAACCUAAGUUCAAAAGGAAAAAUCUGACAAUAAUAAAAAGUAAUAUACUCCUUAUGUUUUUCUAUACAAGCCUUUUAAAUUUUUUUACACACUUCUAAAUACGUUGACUACAUUAAAUUUUAUUAUUAAUUUUUUUAUGAAUAAAAUAUAUAUUAUUAAAUAUUAAAAUUUGUAGAAACAAUAUUAUAAGACAGAGUUAAGUUCUAUGGAGUACAUAAAAACAUUGGAGUAUUGGAGUACAAAUCAUAAUUUUUUAUUUUGAUCCUAUAUAAUAUCUUUGAUUAUCCAAAUUUUGAUAUAAUCUAUCAUUUAUAAGUUGUCUUGCACAUAAUUGUCAAUUAAUCAUUGAUAUCUUUCAACUUUAACAAGUAUUAAGAUUAUUGUUCUGCUUAUUAGUUAUAUUGCAGAACAUAGAGUUCUAUAAUUUAUAAAAGUAAUUAUUCUACCAUUUGAUCACGAUGUUUAUGUUGCAAAACAUAAUGUGCGGGUUGUCAAAUAUUUACAAAUAUUAUUGGACAAAAAAAAUUGAAAUUUAGAUGACUAGAUUACAUUUUAUCAAACUUUGUACUCCAAUAUUCCAAUUUUUUUUGUACUCCAUAGAACUUAACUCAGACAAUAUAUAUCGAGUAAAAAGUCAAACUGCUGAGGGAAAAUGAAAGCUAAGGGGGUAACAUUUUUAAAUCACACCAAACUGUAAAGGAACUAAUUUAGAAAACUGAGUUCGCAUUUAAAAAUAUACAUUUGAACGGAUGAUUCACGUGUAUUUUAAGAUUUUUACAAAAUAUAAUUUUAUAAAUUACUUUUUACAAAGAAUCUUUUAGAUAAAAUUUUGAAUAUUUACUUAAAAUAAAAUUUAUAAAAAUUCUAAAAUAGUGCCAAAACCAUUAAAGAAAGAGAUUAAUGGGAUCAAGGAGCAACAUUUACCACUGUGUAAAUACGAUAACGGAUAAUUUUAAAGGUUACAGACACAUGGAUCAGACAAGCAGACAAUCUUAGAAGUUAGAGCUGUUACCUUUUGCACAAGUUUCGAUGUACAUUCUCAUUUCUAAAGUAGGGGCCGAUUCUCGUAAGUUGUCAGUGAAUGUUAUAAUAAGUCGACCAGUUCGUGCAUGUGUAUAGGUGGUAGGGUGUACACGGUUCGGGUUGGGCGGGUUGGGCGAAUUUAUCAACUCAAUCCAAUUAAAUCGGGUUUUCAAAAUUUCAACCCAACCCGAACCGCAUAAAUUUGUAAUCCAAACCAAUUUGUUGUACUUCGGUUCGGAUCAGAUUGGAUCGGUUUGGUUGGGUUACUAAAUUAUAUAACUAGAACAGAUGUCUCAAGAUUUAAAAAAUGAAAAACAGUUCAACAAAAUAUUAUAAUCGUCGGUGUCUAGGUCUUCAACAUCCAGUUUUUUACACUAAAAAAUACAUUAACAAUCUUGUCAAAGACAUAAAUUUAAAUUUAGUUCAAAAAAUAAGUAGUACAGUAACAAACAAUGAACAAAUAUAUUCAUGAAUUUAAUCUCAUAUUCUCAAUCAUGUUUGUUUGCUACUUGAAUAGAUGAAUUUAAGAACAUAAAUACAUUUACGUAACAAACAAUCAAUAUUCAUCUUUGUAUGAUCCUAAACAAACAUAAUACACAAACAUAAUAAUGAAUUUAAUCUCAUAUUCUCAUUCAUAAAUAUUAUCUCAUAUAUAUUAAAAUAGUAAAUAGAAAUUACUACACAAAUACAAUAAAACUAAAUGCACUAGACUAAUAUGUGAUGAGAUGGGUAAAACUAAUACGUUCACAUAUUUUUCAAUCGGAUUGGGUUGGAUCGGUUAAUAAAAUCCGAAACCCAUGUCCAACCCAACUAAAUCGGGUUAAUAUUUUUUCAAUCCAAUUAUUAAUCGGGUUAAAAAAUUUCGGGUUGGAUCGAAAUAUGGUCGGUUUGGAUCGGGUUGAUCGGUUUCACCAACCCGUGUACACCCCUAAUAGGUGGCAUUACAUUUUGUAGUAAAAUGCAGAGAAUGUACCUUUGCAAUAUUAUACAGGUGCCACUUUACUAGUUUGGACGAAUUAGAUGGUACAUAUUCAUAUAUUAGGAACCGUCCAUUGACUAUAUUAUUAUACUAUCUUAUUUAUUUAAUCAUCGAUUCAUCACAAUACUGAUCAUUAACGUGACUACUUUCCAGCUCCGCCCCUUGUUUUUAUCGUCCGGGGCCAUAUGUUGUUCCACUGUUUGAGAUUUUGGCUUUGCAUUCUUGAUAAGACCACUUAACUCGUUUGCCUGUCCUGCUUUACACCCAGUACGUUAGUACACAUAAUUCUUCUAGUGAAGCUUUUUUCUUUCUUUUUUUAAUUUGCAUAACAAAUAGGUUUCACAACUCGGGAAUUUGUAAUAAUGGUUUUAACUUUUAAGGUUAGAAAUUCACUAUAACAGCUAUUUCUACUUAUUGUCCGAAACAUGUGUUAGGUACAGUAUUGACUUGCUAGUCAGUUCACACUUCAUGUUUCACACCAAAGAGAUACUCAUAUUAUUAUGAACAAAAACCAAUUUUAUAUACGGAGGAUCCCCUAAAUAACGCUCCUCUAAAUAGCCGUUUUGUGCGGGGCAAUACGUAAAGGCCAUGUUAAAAAUAACAAUACUACACAAUUGUAACAUUUAAGUAUUUAACAACUCUCUCAUUAUUAGUCUAGACUUUGCUCCUCUGGCAUUAGUAUUUAUCUACUCAUCCACACCGCCCCUCCCUCACAAUUCACAAAACUCAUCUCUUCUCUUCCUCGCCAAAAUUCGCCAUGAGCACAAAACAGUGCAGCCACCACAAAGACCGCCGAAAGCGGAUCAUCCGCCGCGUCUGCUCCGUCCUCCUCGUCAUCCUCUUCAUCUGCCUCCUCACCUUCCUCAUCAUCUGGGCCGUUCUCCAGCCCAAAAAGCCCCGCUUCACCCUCCAGGACGCCACCAUCUACGCCUUCAACGUCACCGCCGUCCCCAACCUCCUCACCUCCAACUUCCAAGUCACCGUCACUUCCCGAAACCCCAACAGCAAAAUCGGAAUCUACUACGACAAGCUCGACAUCUUCGCCACCUACCGGAGCCAACAAAUCACUUACUUCACCACCAUCCUCCCCGCCUACCAGGGCCACAAAGACACCAACGUCUGGUCGCCGUUUAUUUACGGCACCAACGUCCCGGUGGCGCCGUACAACGGGGUGGCGUUGAGCCAGGACCAGGCCAGCGGGGACAUACUGUUGAUGAUCAAGAUGAAUGGACGGGUGAGAUGGAAAGUUGGAUCCUUCACUUCGGGUCGGUAUCAUAUUCAUGUGACGUGUCCAGCGUAUAUCCCGUUUGGUAAUAAUCGUAACAGCGGCAUCGCUGUCGGUAGCGCCGUUAAGUACCAGCUCUCCACCAAGUGCAAAGUCAGUGUCUAAAUCUGUGAAUCCGCUUCGACGCCGUUAAGUUCUCUCUUAUACCGUUAUACGAACUUUGAUUAAUUUUGUAUACUUGGUGAAUUGUAAAUUUUGCUAAAUAAUUUAGAGAAUAAGCAAAUUCCUAUAGCAAAAUUACACAGUCGGUUGAUUAUUAAUGUAAAAUUAUGAUUGAAAUGGACAUAAAGUUGUUGAUCCGAAGAAAA